UAACGUGACGCGUGCUAACGUUCGUUUAACGCGCUCUCGAUCGUAACCUGCCGAGUCGCGAACCAACUUCUUUUUUUUUUUCUCUCUACGAAACGAGCUCCGAAACCAAACGAAUCCUGCGGGUUUUUGUGGCUAGCGUAUCCUUCUAGCGAUCGGGCGGAAAAUGGUCAGCGGCACUCAGCAGUGAAAUUUUAAAUAUUGCAGUGCUAGAUGAUUUUUUCCAUUUCCCUCACGUGCACGGUGUAGCCUCACACACGCACACCCGUCGGCGCGAAGCAGCUGAAGGAAAGAAAAACCCGCGGGCAAGAAACAAAAAAAAGGAAAUCCCCGCGAACGCAGUGUCAGAGGAGAGCGAAGAAAACGAAGGCAGUGGCAUUCGUACAAAGAAAAAAAGUGUUCAAAUUUGUGAAGAAAAUUGCCGUGGAAAGUGAACGAAUAUAGGCGAAACAGCAAACGAAACGAGAUAGAAGAAGAAGAAGAAGCAGAAGAAGACGGGAAAGAAUUGGGAAAACGAAGCAAAAAAAAAACCCAACACCGCACCAAAGUAGGCCACCGUGGAAGUGACGUUGCAGUCGAACCAUCAUCAGCCAAAAGCGAUGAGGUGGCGCAAGUAGGAAAGAAAGUGAUCAAGAAAUCAAUCUUUUCGAUUACACAAUCUCGCCAGCAGACACGUCGAACAUCGUCGGUGUUGUUCGUGUACCGGGCUACGAUUCGUCUUCGUUUGCCCCGUGAACGGGAGCCACUUUCGGGAGUGCAAAAGAGUGUGUGUGUGUGUGUGUGUGUGUGUCUGUGUGUGUGACUUGUGGAAAAGCGCACCGUAGUGACGUGACCGAGAGGGUCGGAAAAUUCAGGAUCCUCCACCGAGAAUUAAGUGCAAUUGCGUGCAGCUCCAGCUGGGGUGCAUCGUGGCUGCAUUUUACGUCGGGUGAUGCGCUGCAGUCCGAUCGCUUGCAGCUGGAACGGGAUGUCGCUUGAUCGCUGGUGUGACUGCUGACAUGAGUCAUUCGACUUGCGACCCACCCGUCGUGAAUGCCACUUUCCGUGCAGCGGAGCGCUCUCGCGAUCGUAUGUGAACGUGACGAGCAGCGAGAGUGAUUUUCUUUAUUUUCCCUUCUGUGGUUCUGUUUCCCCAUCGCGCUUUUCCUGCCAUUUUUCCCAACCACGCUCGCGUGUUUCACUUUCAUCGGUGGGCUUCCCCACGACCAACGAUCGACUCGGUAGCCAAAGAAGACAGUCUGCAUUUUCCUUCCCAAAGACACCAUUGAGCGGUCGCCUAGUGACCGGUUGGCCCUGGGCUGAAGUGUAGUGAAAACAUAGUUCACAUCGACACGCGACAGCGCGCGGGGUGUUUUCUUUUUAAACCUCGAAGAAUUUAAAGAUCAUCAAUCGUCGACGUUGGUGCGGUCUAGUGCGAAGGAAUUUGUCGCAUCUUCGAAUAGGACUUGCCGCUUUGAACUGGUGUUGCUGCUUCGGUUGUGUUACAGAAGGAAAAGAGCACCUACGGACCGGCUCAGUUGAAGACUUUGUGCGAAAGAGCUGCUUCCUUGAGGGCUCAAGAACGAGCUGUAAGAUGGUGAAAAUGGACGGUUCCCGAUGGAUGGUGUUUCUGGUGAUGCUGGCCAUCGCCAUUUGGAGUCCCAGCUGGGCGGAAUCAACACCGAUGGCAUGUCCCCAGGAGUGUUCGUGCGAAGCAAACGGCACGGUACGAUGCACGAGUGUGGCUGGGCUUAGGAACCUAACAAAAUCCCAGCCGAUCGCUCGACUGGACCUUUCCAACCUCGACCUGACGAAGGUACCCGUGGCUCUGGAAAACAUCCGCAACAUCACCGAGCUCGAUCUGUCCAACAACCGACUGGCCGAAGUGGCUCAUCUCGGCAAGCGCAUCCGCAAACUGAACCUCAGCCAUAAUCGCAUCUCUUCGGCCAAGAUGGCGCGCAUUCCGUUGCACGUGGAAUCGCUCAACUUAACGUACAACAGCAUCACGUAUCUGCCGCUAAGCCUGAUGAAGCUGAAGAAGCUGCGUUACAUCGAGCUGGCAAACAACCCAAUCAACUGCACCUGUGAAACGCUGCACAUCCGCAAUUGGCUAACGUCGCGGCACGUGUGGUCGGACAACCACAUCAAGUGUAUGGCGCCACCGGCCUUCAAGGGCCAACCGUGGUUACAGGUUCGCCAGCAGGACGCAUGUAAUCCAGCGCUGGUGGAAGAGCGCAAGGGUGGCUACAACUGGGACGAUUACGAGGACGAGAACGAGCUGAUGCUGGGUGAUGCACCGCAUUCACCUGAUCCGGCUCACGAGGAGGAUGAGGACGAUUUUAAGCGCGAGUACUUGCCGGUGAGCGAGAAGGUGAAGCGUAACGAACCACCAAUCGUGGUGGAUAACAGUGAGGACGAACCGGUGGUUGAUGGAUCGGGCGCGGGUCCUGAGACACCGAUCGGAGCGGAAGAACGUCGUAAGGUGUUUGAUGCUGCAGCGGAAGAUGAAGGUAGUGGGAGUGAUGGCGAUGUACGCGCGUUUGCGGAAGGAGGUGUUGAUGGAGAUCAUGGAGAUGAGGAUGCCAGUGGCAGUGGUGGUGGAUUGAUCGUAGGAUUCGGACACAUCAGUGCGGAUGAAAUUGGAACCGGAAGCACGGCCUCUACGACGAUCGACACCGAUGAAGGUAUUGAUGAAGCACCCGAAGAAGAACCGAUGGAGAUUCCAAACAUCGACGCCGGGUUGGGUAUCUUCAGCGAUGAGAAGGAUGAAGAGCCUUCACCGGAAACUACCGGGUCCGAGGAGACUACAUCGGAGGCUACGGACAAGGGUAGGAUGAUCGGAGCAGCGGGAGUGAUGAAAACGGGUCAUCAAGAUGCGUCCGGAUCUCCAGACACUCCGCUGAUUGAAGACAACUCGUCGUCAACCCGCCAGUCGGAGGAGGACAACCAAAAGACGUACGUUCUGUUGGCCAUCAUCGGCAUUAUCGUGGUAGCGCUGAUCAUCAUGGUCGUGUGUAAGCGUAAACCGGAAGCGCGCAAUCGGCGCGGCAAACAUGACGUUGAAAGCGCUAACGGGCAAGGUCGCGAGCUGAAGGAACUCAACAAGAACCUGCUCGAGAAGCUUCCGGCUGAUCGGAAUGGACACGGUGGUGUGCCUGAGCGGACGCCUCUCAUGAGUCCUGACAAGCCGGACCAGGAGAAGGUGUUCGGAGAUCCUCACAAGACUGCCUUCAGUCCGGUUAAGCCCCAGCGCACCUCGCUCGAGAAGCCGAUGGAGUCGUUCAAACCAAUCGCUGUCGAACGAAGGACGAAUGAUUCUUUGCAUGAGCUUCCGGUGUCCGACAACAACAACACUGCGACACUGCCAAACGGAAAUGGUGCCCUACGAAAUGGGGAUGGACCUGCAGGAGUGCAUAAACCCCAUGGGCCGUCAGAGCUGGAUGGUCCUGGUGAUCAUCUGGCGGUACCGAUGGAGUCACCCCGUUCGAAACGCUACAGCCCUAUCUACGUACCAACCUCACCAAAGUCCGACCGAUACAGCCCGGUGUACUCGCCUGAAACGGGGCGAGUUAAGAUCAAGCUGACAGAGACACCUAAACCGAAAACGCCCAUCCUGGUGACGCGAAGUCGGUCGCGAGCCGGCGAUAUCAUCACCACCAUGGACGACCAGAAGUUUUAGGACCAGGGGCUGGCAUCGAGGCUGGUGCAGGCUGGAGCAGCAGUAGUAGCAAACGGUGAGGCUGGCCGCGCCUCGUGACCCGUGUUUGACGUCGUGGUCUGGAUUACGUCUAUUAUCAAGCCCGCCCAAGCUAAUGCCGGAAAGCGCUAAUCUUAAUCUAGCGCCUGAUGCGAACCUUGGAUAGAGGCGCUACCGAGGUUGUGGAUCAACCCCUUUCAUAGAUUAAGUUCGCCUUCCACACGUGCUAUCCUGCACCUUGAGAGACCUCGACCUGCGUUCCGUUCCGGGCUUGCAAAGCACAAACGAAAUCGUCGCCAUAUUGCCUGCACCUCCCGGUGGCUUUCCCAGCAAGUAUCCCCGCGAAGGGCGUGUGUGUCCUGUACGUUUUCGGUUUGAGGCCGCUCUUUGACAGCCGUUCGAGAGCAUAUGUCCCUGUAUCAACUGCGCCGAAGAGCUUGUACAUAGUCAUUUGCAGGAUAGGACGGAUUGAAACUGCGACCGGAAAGAGCGAGAUAUCAGUGCCGUGCGAAUGUAGCGUAGAUGAUAAACGGUAGAGGUAGUAGUAGCAGUAGUAGCAGACACUUGCAUGUUCUAAUUUGCCAAAAUGCCGAUCGCGUUCGUAAAGGUAGCUUUCAGCAACGAAAUUUAAGCUAGAGCAAGAGAAAGAGAAACGUUUACUAGCGCAAACUAGCGAUUCGAACACGGCCGCACGAACCGCUAAGCGUGCGGAGUAAUGCGAGGACAUAAAAGGACAUGAUGAAUAAUAUCCGAAUUUAGCAACGGCGAAGGGUGAAGGCAUUCAGUGGAUGUUGCACACGGUUGAGGAGCAUGUCGCUUCAAGUGUUUACUAGUUCAUAUCACCAGUCGUUCAUCAUAGAAGUAAUAAAGGGGUUCGAAGUGUUGUAGCGAUCGUUCGGACCGGGCUUAGUGCCGGGUGACUAGGAGUUGUACAUUAAAUACUAUGAAUACCAUAGAACAAGGAGAACAGAAAAAGCCCAACAACGGAGGUGCGAAUAGAUAGCAUAAUUGUGCGCGACGACGAGGAUUGUAAGCGAAGGGCUCAUUUGUCCGGCACGGACAGGCGAGAAUGGAAUUCAUUUUAAUCGAUGCUUGGUUGUUGAUGGUAGUUACUGUAAGCGGUGCCUAGCUAUGUGUAUUUUACAGGAGUUUUGAAAGCCAUCGAGGCGCAUCGAGUGUAAUCUACAUAUCUGUCGGUUGUUUUCGUAGUUUAAUAAAUCCAUCCGCGGGCAGGGACAUUAGCAAACAGGCGUGUGUGGAGUAAAGCACGCGUGGUAUCAUCUAGUUCGGCUCAUGAGAGGCUCGUGGUUGGGUGCAAAAUUCAACCAACAUCCUCUUAUCUGUUGCUUUUGGGCCGUUUCGUUGUCAAGAUCCCACACAUGCCAAUGGAAGGAGAAGAAAACGGUCGCUUCGGUAGCGGUGCCGUACCGGGACGCUGUGCAGUUGUGCGGUUGUGUAGGAACAAUGUAUUUAAAUUUUAUAAAUAAUUUAUACUUCGUGACAAAGAGAAUAAAUGAUGAAAAUAAAAGUAUAUUGUUGGUGUA